GCGGGCAACGACAGCGCGGGCGCGGGCGACGCCCUGCAAACGCUGCUGCAGCCGGCCUCCCAGGCGGCGACGGAGUUCGCCAGCGACGAGGACGUGGUCCUGGACGGCGCGCGGGCGCUCGAGAACGGCUCGCGCCCCUCCGAGACGUACAAGGCCCCCUUCGAGCUGGAGGAGUCCCCAGACGAGCAGGCAGCCGAGAGCCGCGCGGCGGACGACCUCCCGAAGGCGGGAGCGGACGGCGAUGCCGACGACGGCGAGGACGGCGACAGCAACCAAGGCGGAGAGGACGAUGACGGCAACGACAGCAAAGCUAGCGAGGGCGGCGAGGCCAGCGACGGAGGCGAAAAAGACAGAGACGGGGGGACAAAUGACGGCGGCAACAGUGCAUCCAAAUGGGAGAGGCUUUUGCCCCCCGGCGCCCGGCCGGCGGGACACUACUUCUACUACACCUACAACUUGGGCGCCGACAGCUCCUCUCUGUAGCGCAGAGCGACGCAAGCUCCGCGGAAGGCCCCUGUACCUCGGCACCGAGAGGAAGCACUUCCAGCCCUCCUCCGCAUUCGCCGAGACAAGGACCAAAUGGGCUGCACAACUACGUUGAGCGACUAGAGAGAAGGGGAACCCAAGAUGGCAAUCCCCAUGCGGGGCCCGCCUUACUUCAGUGUACAGGUAACGCACAGGUGUUAUGGGAAGAGCUCUCAGGAGAACAGAAAUUUUGCAACAACUCAACAAGUUGCCGAACAGGCAUGAACCUCACGAGAACACGCCUAUGCCUCCAGUGGCGUAGAUCAAGAACGAUACGGAGAGCUAUCGAGCCUUCUUGUAGUUCGUGUUGUUUUCAAAUUUUCUCAUUUACCGGAGACAAUCUUUCGGUUGUUUUAUGUCGAGAUAGAUACGUGAACAGAAAAGAGACGCGUGAUCAGCAACGAAUCAAAUGUUACACAUUGUACGCGGUCCUUAAACGUAGCGGGAUCGUCUCAAAAGAAGGAUGACCGUGAACUGAAGGAGGACUGAGACAAACUGGGGUGGUAGAACUCACAACUUUAUGCGAAUAGCAUACAUAUUGGAUUUAAAGCCUACACAACUAAAUCCACCUCUUGAAAUAAAAUGUAAUUAUUAUGUAUGCUAACAGAAUAGCUGUUGAAAGAAGGGUCCACAUCAGAUUGUUCAGUCUAUUUUUCAGUGAGAGUACACUGCACCACCUUCAAAUUCCUAUUUUGGGAAAGAAAAUAAAUGCGAGCAAUGAAAAUAUAACAAAACAAACAGUUUUAUCACAAAACUAUGAUGGAUAAGGAAAACAUCUUCUUUAGCCUACUUGAUGCUGAUAAUAAAUU